UUUAUCCAAGCCGAAUUUUCGGUAAAUCUUUCGGUGAGAGCUCAAAAUGAUAUUAACAUAUGUUACCUCCUCUCACCAAUCCUCAGUGGCUAUAAGUCUAGUAAUAAUUGACCUGUACCUUAACAGCUUCGUCGUGUUCACCCGUCAUAAAGUGAAUGGGAAAUUUACUGUACGCUCGCUGAGACGGCCUACAAAUUAUCCGGAAAGAGCUAUCCGCCGCUUUAAGCCGCAAUUCAUUUGCUGAAUGUCAAAAGGAACGGAUAAUACGGGCUACGAAAGCAAGAUCCACGUACAAAUCAUUUUUCAUAACGAUAUCACAGCUAUUGAUGGAGACAGGCAUAGUCUCAUGUAAAUCCAAACAGUCUAUCUCUAUAGGAUUCUGUAUGUCAGGCAUGAAAACAUCAAGGAAGGCAUAAGAGUAUGGGUGGGCAUU